AUGAGCCAUAACUUCAGCGACUGGAUGCCCUGGCCUACGGGUCCCAAGCUCAAAAAGUUCGUCGACAACGCCAACAAGGAGUUGGAGGGAUUUAGAGAGAUUUUCGAGGGAGAAGGUGUCAAAGUCAGACGCCCAGAUCGUAACUUGUGCAAUUUCAACGUGCAAACCAAGACGCCAGAUUUCGAGUCUCCCAACCAAUACUGCGUCGUGUGUCCACGAGAUGUGAUCAUGACUGUUGGCAACGAGGUUGUGGAGGCGCCAAUGUGCAAGCGUUCCCGUUUCUUUGAGUACCGGCCAUUCCGAACGUUGAUCCGCGAGUAUUUCGACGCUGAUCCCCAGAUGAUCUGGACUGCCGCGCCAAAGCCCAUGAUGGGAGACGACGCCUACAACCCGGCUUUCUGGGACUGGUCCGUGGAGGAACGCAUUGAAAGGAUGCACAAGUACGAGUAUUGUCUCUCCGAGAAGGAGGUCAUGUUUGACGCCGCCGAUUGCCUGCUGAUCGGGAACAUGAUGUUCGUCCAGCAGUCCAUGGUCACCAACCUAGCUGGGAUCAGGUGGCUCAAGAGACACUUCGCGCCCAAGGGAAUCACUGUUCAUACAAUGCACUUCCCGUACGAUCUGUACCCUUCCCACAUGGAUUGCACGUUUGUGGCGAUCAACGGGCACACGGUGUUGACAAAUCCAGACCGUCCCGCAGUAGAUGAAGAAGUCAAGAUAUUCAAGCAGAACGAUUGGCGAUUGGUUGACGUCCCAUUUUACACCACGGAAAAAGAGCAUCCGAUCAUGUGUCAGAGCAGCCGCUGGCUGUCGAUGAACGUAUUUUCCAUCUCCCCCAGCAAGGUCGUGGUGGAGGAGACGGAGAAACCCUUGAUCAGCUUUUUGGAAAAAGAGCUCGGGAUGGAUGUGAUCCCUAUUCCGUUCAGGCACGUUUUCGAGUUCGGGGGAAGCUUGCACUGCAGCACCUGGGACGUCCGCAGGAAUGGAGGUGUCAGAGACUUCUUCCCCAACCGCGAGGACUACGAAGACGUGGGGCUCACCAGACUGACGGACCUGCCGCUAGUAUUAGCCAAAGGCGUUGAUUUGGUGAAGUUUUAA